GCUGCCUUCAAUGACGAUUAUAAAUGAAUCUGAUGUAUUGUACGAUAAUAAUGGAUCUAUUCUAGUCUGCCGAAAUCUGCUCAAUUUCACGGUUAGUUCAAAUCCACAGGAUAAUCUCUCAGGAGAUGAUUCGAAGGAAGCGCUAGGAAUACUGACGAUCGUCUGCAUUGCCAUUUCUCUCGUCUGUUUACUCAUACGAAUUGCACUGCAACCGUUUGUUGCAUUAUUUCAAACUUUCCCAGGAAAACUUCAACUAUCUCUCUGCCUCUCUCUAGUAUUGUGGAAAGUUUUCUUCUUAGCUCGACCAUUUGCCAGUUUAAGUGGCGACGUCAGCGCGUGCAUCGCGGUGGCUGCGUUAUUCCAUUGGAGCUUACUGGCGUCGUUUUUCUGGAUGAACGUCAUUGCUAUUGAUUUGUGGAAGACCUUUAGGCGCACGUCAUCGUUACAAAUAUCGGCAGAGUCCAACAAAACUAUCUUUGGGUAUGUCUGCUAUGCAACUUUAUUGCCAGGCGGAAUUGUUGCUCUUUGUCUGGUUUUGGACUACGUCGACAUAGAUUCUCAGUUCCAACCGCAUUACUCGGGGCCCGCCUGUUACAUUAGCAAUAUCUACCCGCUUGUCUUGUUUCUCGUGGCCCCUAUCGGAGUUAUCCUUAUUGUGAAUAUCGUUCUUUUUGCCAUGAUCGCAAGGUCAAUACACAUCGCCAUUUCUGAGGCGGGAAAACUGAAGGCAAAAAGAAACAAACACACUUUUCUUAUUUAUGUGAGACUUUUUGCUCUGAUGGGAACAACGUGGCUAUUUGGCUUCCUUUCCGGAGGACUCAAUGUCCUCGCGUUGAACUUUAUCUUCGUUAUUUUAACAACUUUGGACGGCUUAUUUAUAUUCAUAGCCGUCGUCUGCUCAAGGCGGGUGUGGCGGGAUCUUCGAGACCGGAAGAUAAUAACUAGGUCCAGCACGCGCACUUUGACACUUAGCUCAAGUAAUAAGCUUCCGCCGACACCAAAAUCUCCCACUCCAUCGGAGAGCAAUUCCUUGAAAUUCUCACUAAAACAAGACACAAGUUUAAGUCGGCUUUAAAUGUAACAUUGCUCAAAAUAUGGUGUUUUUCUAUCAGUUUUAACCUCUACAGAAAAUGAU